GACCAAUCCGCUUGUUCACGUUGGAUUUGGAAAGUGGCUUAGAUUGUGAGAGUUUUUAUUUUUAAGCGGGUAUUUUGGAGGCAGCUCGGCGCUUUGGGUGAAGGUUUGUUAAGUUAGCUUCAGUAAAAAGCUGAGAUCCGCCAGAAGCAGCCGGACUGGCUCAUAGUCCGCCUUAAAUCAAUCCGCCAUGGGUUUGUUUUAAACGGCUCCCUGUGGAUCGAAGCUCGCGCGCUCUGCGACUCGCUUUUCUGUUUUCAAGGUUUUGCUUCAUGAAGUUUCUGCCCACGUGAGGACAGCAGAGAUGGCUCUGGAGCAGCUCAGUGAUGUGGUCCAGAGAUGUGAGGCGCUCCCAGAUGACAGCUACACCUCAGAGGAUCAUGACGUGUUCGCCAUCGCCGGGCGGACCUGCAUCGAGGAGGGCAACAGCCCGCAGGUCCUCAGCAUCGUCCUGGAUGAAAGGAACCAGAACGUAGUGAGGAGCAUGGGCUGGAAUCUGCUGCCGCCGCUCAUCCAGGUGCUGCUGAAGAAGGAGGAGCAGCAUCUCCCUCAGUGCCUGGCCAUCUUUAACCAUCUGCUGGAGACCUGCACACCCAAAGAGUUGCUGAUCGGCAUUUUGGAGCAGCUGGAAGACGACGAUCCUGACGGAAUCGCGGAGCGUCUCCAUCUGCUUCUGAACCCUUUGCAGAAAGUGCUGCUGCGGCUGGGCAGCCAGAAGGCGUCCUCCCUGGGGAUGACCCUGUCCUCGCUGCUGGACCAGCUGGCCAAGCUGCCCGUCCCCAACACCAAGGAGCAGGAAGAGGACGACGUCUUCUCGCUUUGCCGCUGCUGCACCCACCUGAUAGAGUUCGUCAGGCCCUUCGUCGUGGAGGCGAGGCUGAAUCGGAGCGGUGCGACCCGGUCGGAGGAUGAGCUGCGGACAGAACUACUGAAAUUAAACUCUGACUGUAGCGGCGUCCACAGCGCCUUGCUCACCUCGGACUCUAUCCCAGACACGGAGCUGUAUGAGAAGAGUCUGGUGCGGGUGGAGAACGGCAGUCUGCCGGCGGAUCUGCUGGAGAUCAAAACCUUCCUAACCGUCCCUCUGGACUUGGUAAAAGUCAUGACCAUGUGCCCUCAGCAUGAUCUGAGGACUAAAGGACUGAAGGUCUUCCAGCUCAGCAUCGAUAAGUUCAGCACUGAAGCCAAGUACAGAUUUUUCGAAUACUUGCUCAGGACCAGUAAUCACUCUGGAGUAGAGGGCUACACCAUUAAAAACAUCCGGAGUCAGAUAGACGCCGCUCUGCAGCCAGGAAACGCCAACGUCUGGUUUGAAGGAAGUCACCUGCUGCCUCUGCUCCGUAAGGUGUUCAAGCUUCCAGACGGCCCAGAGACGGACCUGCUGCAGUACAUGGACAGAAUCAUGGAGUCUCUGAACCUCCUGCGGUACUUGGUCAUCAGAGACAAAGUUACAGAGAACCAGACGGGCAUCUGGACAGAACUGUAUAAAAUAGAAGACGGGUUCAUGAAGCCUUUGCGCGUUGGGCUGAACAUGUCGAGGGCUCAUUAUGAGCGGGAGCUGCACGACACCAUGGAGAACAAAAAGAAGAAAACUAAAGAGGAGGCGGUGCUGUCUGUAUCAGUCGGCGGGGAGAAGCUGCCUAAAAUGACAACAGACUCUCAGAUUCAGGCUCUGCACUCGGCGCUGCACACGUUCGACAUGAUGGAGAGCGUGUUGGUGCGGAUAGAGGAGCUGAUCGAGGUGAAGGACGUCGAGGAAGCUGCAGCAGAGCCUCAUUAAUCUCAGGGCCUGACGGACAGCGAAUGCAUCGUUUCAGAUCAUGAAAGCGUUGCUUCUUCUCUCUAUUUCUGAUUUGUGAUAUUCAGUAAAGAUUUUCUACAAUUAAAUCUCCAUUUUUAAGUUAUUUAGAAAAAAUAAAUGAAUAUCCCU